GCUUUUAACUGGAAUUUUUCUGAGCUACAGUAGGGAGUCCAUGUUAAAUUGAAAACUGCUCAUUAAACUACCAGAUAGGGGGCUUACUAUCUAUCCAGUUCACGGUUAGCUGCAUUUCUGGUGCAAUAAAUUACUUGAUACAGGUUCCAAAGAAAGAAAUCCAAGAAAAUGGCUGCUUCAAAAUCCUUAGAUGACUUUAAUAAACUGUUAGAUACCUCAGAUACAAAAGUAAAACUAACUGUUACAAAUAACUUACUAGCCUACUUAUCAAACCCAGAAAACAGUUUAGAAUGUGAAGACAUCGGCCUUUUCAUGGAUGCAAUGGUACCCUGGAUGCAGUCAAGCAAUAGUAAGGUGUCACAGAACUCAAUUGAUGUUUUGACAAACUUUGCUGAUCGAAUGAGUACAGAUUUCAAACCGUAUUUGCAUAUGGUAAUAUCUCCUGUGGUUGACAGACUAGGCGACAAUAAAGAAGUCGUGAGGGAGAAAGCUCAGCUUUUCCUUCUGAAACUUUUGGAGAGAGAAAUUGCAUCACCAUAUUACUUGUUUGAGAAGUUGACAUUAGCAUUUACUCACAAAAAUGCUAAAAUCCGAGAAGAAGUGUUAAUCUGUUAUCAGUCCGCACUGAGGGAGCAUGGACCUUCAAACCUUGGCUUGUCAAAACAUGUUCCAAGCAUUUUGAAACUUCUGCAUGAUCCACUUCCAUCUGUGAGAGAUGCAGCUUUUAAUGCAUUGACUGAAAUAUAUCGACAUGUAGGGGAAAAAUUUCGACAAGAUAUCCAACGUCGCUGCAGUGCCAAAGAUACUAAGAUUGCAGUCCUUUUUUCAAAGUUUGACGAAAUAAAAAAUGAAGGUGGAUUGCUUGCCUCAGCGUGUGGAGCAGAAGAUUCUGCAAGGUCCUUUGAUGAACCUGAUGGAGAUGCUGGUGCUAUCCCGAAAUCUGGAAGACAACGAUCUGCAAGUUUUUCGAGGAAGAACUCUGGAGUAGGCAAAGCAACUUCACCAGGGCCGAGAUCUAAAACCAGGCGUUCGGCCUCCUUUAAGCGUCAGUUGGUUACUGCGUCAUCUGCACCAGGAACUCAAGGCAGUAAAAAAGCAUCAGCGGGAGCAGUGGAUGAGGAGCAUUUUGUGAAAGUUUUUGAGGAAGUUCAACCAGCCACAAUUUUCACUGCGCGAGAAUUGGAAGAAGAGCUGACCAAAAUAACUGACAUAAUUAAUGAUCCAAAUAAUGAUUGGUCAAAACGUGUUGAGGCGUUGAAAAAACUACGAUCUGUUGUAAUGGCUGGAGCUGCUAAGCAUCAGGAAUUUUUCAAACACUUACGUUUAAUGGAGACACCAUUUUUAGGAGUUUUGAAAGAUCUGAGGUCACAGGUUGUGAGAGAAGCAUGCUGCACAAUAGCUUUUAUGUCUCAACACCUAGGCUCGAAGUUUGACCAUUUUGCAGAAAUUAUUCUUGGCAAUCUAAUUAAUCUGAUUCCAAAUUCAGCCAAGGUAAUAGCAACUGCUGGCCUAGUAACAGUACGCUUUCUCAUAAGGUCCACUCACUCAAACAGACUGAUACCAGCGAUAAUAUCAAAUAUGGAAUCAAAAUCGAGGGAAAUCCGACGAGCAUGUUGUGAGUUUCUUGAAUUAAUUCUUCGUCUUUGGCCCGCUCACACACUUGAAAAACAGGUUGCAAACCUGCAACAAGCUCUGAGGAAAGGAAUGUAUGAUGCAGACAGUGAAGCUCGGCAGUGUUCCCGUAGGGCUUUCUGGCAUUUCCGGCUCCAUUUUCAUGAAAAUGCUGAGCAGAUAUUAAACUCACUGGAUAGUACACAUAAGAAAGCUCUUAAUCUUGAAAUGGGAAUGUCAAAUUCAAACAAUAUAGCAGACCAGCAAGGAGGAAGAGGAGGUAGGCUGGCAGCUGGAAGUGACUUUCCAAGAGGUCGAACUGUUGCAGAUGGAUCACCACGUCGAGGUUCAGCUCCUGGCCCAUCAGCACUCCGGUCUAAUAGUGCUAUUGAUCUGCAGGCAGCCCAACGUGCCAAGGCAAGAGCACAGUAUGCUGCUUUAGCUCGACAUAAAGUAGGAUCUGGGGCGUCUCUUCCUCGGCCAGGAAAGAAAGCUGCAGACUCAUCUGGCAUGUCCACAAGUGUUAUAACAUCUCCAGAAAGAUUGGGCAGAACAAGGAGUCGGAUGUCAAAUGUAUCUCAGUCCCAACCUACAAGCCGCUCAGGGUCUCCGUCUUCCAGACUAAGUUAUGCUACCUUUUCAACUACAAACAGAGAAACAGGACAUGAUGGCAGACAACGUAGACCAUCCGGCAUCCCUCUCUCGACAGGACCUAGUCGUGAAGCUAGCAGAGAGACUUCGCCAAGUCGUUACUCUUUAAAUCUACUUGAUCGCUCAUUUGGCUCAAAAUUGAGAGGGAGGUCUGGACAUAUUGGCAAUGUGAGUGAUCGCCAAGGACAGUCCCGACCAGUGAUGGCCCAAAAAAUAUUACAACAGAGUCGGGAAGCUGAGUCUGCACUAGCUGAUGCCUUGACAUUCGACUCAGUUGACGGAAAUGAAGUUGGCAGCCGAGUACCACUCAGCCGCAAGGCAUAUAGAUCGUUUGAUGAUCAUUCAGAUGACAGUGAGACAUCCAGUGUGUGUUCAGAGCGAUCUCUUGAUUGCUACAGGAGGUCUGGUGAUAACAUAUCGGACAUCAUAAACAACUGUGCCAGCACACACUGGAAUGAGCGUAAGGAUGGGCUGGUCUCAUUGCAAGCAUAUUUCCAAAAUGAAAACAGACUAAGACGCGUUGAACUCCUAUGAGUAACUGAAAUUUUUACCAAAAUGUUCAUGGACUCCCAUACAAAAGUCUUCAGUAUGUUUCUGGAUACUCUAAAUGAACUAAUUCUAGCACAUAAAGAUGAUUUACAUGAUUGGAUAUACAUUCUGCUUACACGUCUCAUGAAUAAACUUGGUGGAGAUUUGCUGGGUUCAAUCCAAAAUAAAAUACACAAGUCAUUAUCUAUUGUAAGGGAAUCAUUUCCACUGGAACUCCAAAUGAAUGCAAUUAUAAGGUUCCUGGUUGAUCAGACUCAAACACCCAAUUCUAAAGUUAAAGUAGCUGUUCUUCAAUACUUGGCCCAGCUUGCAUCCUAUAUGGAUGCCUCAUCCUUUAACCCAGGUGCCCGAGAAGCAGCUGCAGCUUUAGCCAAAGUAAUCAGUUGGACAAAUGAUCAGAAAUCAGCUGAAAUCAGAAAAGCCGCUCAGAACGCUCUAAUUGCAUUAUUCAACCUGAAUACACCUCAGGUGACAAUGAUUUUGUCAUCACUGUCUCCAGAUUACCAGGAAACAGCAGCAAGCCUUGUAAAUAGCCAUGUAAGGCGCAGUAGCACGGGAAGUUCGCCCCCAUCACCAUCACCACAUGUUCAGUCUCCAGCAACUCCACAGUCUAGGCCUUCUCUGGAGAUGGAUGAGGGAAGUCUCAAUCCAGAAGAAGUGUACAGAAUUUGGAUGGCCAAGAUUCAGAUCAAGAUUACAAGAAUAUGCCAUCGGCAGUUUGGAAAGAGUUUACUUGGGUCUCUAGUAGAAGAAAACUGUCAAAUUGUGCAGAAUGUGAUUGACACUUUAAAAGUUGAUGAUGAAGGAAAUGCAAAAGUAUCUGAGCAAGACAGUAAGAAAGCACUUUCUCAGUUAAAACACCUAAUAAAAUCUGGAGCUGUUGGUAUCAUAGUCUAUAAUUUCAAGGUUCUAUUAAGGGUUCUGGUAUCACAGUUGGCACUACCUCACUCUCCAGUCAAGACGUACAUUUUAAAUGUGCUACACGAUAUGAUCAAAGACCCAACUGUGAGACAUUGUUUUAAUAUGUACGUAGAGUUAAUCGUGCUGCGAACGCUAACAGCUUACAGUGACCCGUGUAAAGAGGUGUCGAAAGCAGCUGAGCACUGCAUUUCAGCUAUUGGAAAAUCACUGCCUCCUGAACAACUCAUUAAUGUAGUUUGUCCAUUGAUAAAAACAGGAGAUCUUCCAAUGAAUUUGGGAGCUAUAAAAAUAUUAACUCGUGUCAUUGAACACACUACGCAAGAUAUUUUAGAACCACAUCUGAAAGAAAUAAUGGAAAGUCUCGUCAAAGCAUAUGAUAACGAAGAAAGUUCUGUGAGGAAAUCUGCUGUAUUUUGUAUGGUUGAAUUACACGGUAUUGUUGGAGAGGCAGUUUUGCAACCGCAUUUAGCUAGCUUAAACAAUAGUAAGCUGAAACUUCUUCACCUGUAUAUCAAACGAUCGCACCAUGGUGGUUCGAGUGGCAUCACUUCACCAAAAACCACAACGUCGUGAAACUUUUAAUACUCGUUAAUUUUGGCUUUAAUGUAUUCUAUCAUUCCAGUGCUUGUCAAUUUUUUUAACGAAACAGAGUUUUCCAGUUAUUAAAGCCCAAAAAUAAACAGUA